AUGGAAUCAAUCGAAAUAACUGCAAAUAAUAACAGCGCGACUACGACAACUAUGGAGGGAAUUGUAACUACAAUUCCAGAGAAAACGUUUAUCGACUCCACAGGAACAGAAACCUUAACGAAAAAUCACAAUAGGCAAGAAAAUGGCAAUAACCAAAAUGAUAAAGGUCAUCAAUCAAAUCUUGGCGAUGCUAGCGAUAACCAGGGAAAAAAUAUUUUGGCGGAAAGCCUUGUCGAUUCUGCAACAUGUGGUCGAAGAAUGUUUCUAGCAUCAUUGAUUGUUGCGUCAAAAUAUUUACAGGACAAUAAUUAUUCAAAUAAUGCUUGGUCGAAGAUUAGUGGAUUAUCACUUAAAGAAAUUAAUUCGAUAGAACGAAGAUUUUUACAAUUGAUUGUUUACAACCUUUAUGUUUCAGAAGAAGUGUUUAACAAUUGGACAAAUUUAGGAAAUCAAACAGCCGAUAAUCACAAACGAAACUUUUUCAUGAUAAAUUCUUCCACAACCACAAUCUCUUCUAAAGAAUGCGAGGUUAAAGGCUAA